CGGCCCGUCGAUUCUCACGACUCGCGUCGCUCAGCCUGAGGACCUAGAUAGGACAUUGCUUGCUUCCCUUUCUCCUCCUUCUCCUCCUCCAUCAGCGCCUCUUCUACUCCCUUCGUACUCUCUCGCAGUCAUUUCUUCGCAGCCAGUGGCACAUAAUAGUUUCCUCGGUUCGUUUCGUUCCGCAGUACUUUUAACACAAUAAAUUUCAUUUCUUUUCACUGCGACGUCUUCCUCUCCUCGAUCAGAUUUUCUGAACAUCUGUGAUGCCUUUUAUAUGUCGCUCUCCGCUCGGCUACGUGACAUUUCUUCUCAAGAUUUCGCGUGCAGUUUUCGUGUGAGCGCGUGAGCGCGUGAGCGUGUGAGCGUGCGAGCAACAGCGACUCCGCGCCCUUUCACGGAUACACGGAUAUUCGUAAUUUCAUCUUUCUACGGGUCUCGCACCUCGUCACGUGGAUAUCAUUGUUCUGGCACGUUUCACAUGUAUGUCCGAUAACGGUCAACAGCUGUUCUUCGCCAGCAUGGAACAGAAAGAUGACAUAGAGGAACGUCUUCGGAUCUUGCUGAAGGAAGGAGCAAAGACGCCUGCCGACAUGGAGUUGCGCAACUUGGAAUUGCCAUCGUAUUACGAUCCUCGUAAAUUUGCUCUUGGACAGAAGGCCUUCCGCGAUAACGUCUUCACGAUGAUGAUUGCCAAAUUAGCUGGACUGUUAAUCCUGCUGGCGGUGCCCUCCAUUCUGAACGUGCUCAAGUACACAAAGCAAAGUGGAACGCCCUGCACGGCCUUUCGACGCUACGUCUCCACCAUACUUCACACCUUCAUCUGGUACGAGAAGUCGCCGGACAAGGACAGCCGAUUCUUCGAGUCUCUAAGAAACGUGCGUCGCAAGCAUUGCGUGGCCUCGAGACGAGCCGCCCGGGCGGGACUUGAGAGAAUAUCGCAGCUGGACAUGGCGCUCACCCAAUUUGGAUUUAUCGGAUUCACUUUGCUGAACGGCGAUCAACUGGGUGUGGUCACCAGUUCGGACGAACUGGAAGGUCUGGUUCACGUGUGGCGAGUCGUCGGAAGCAUGUUGGGGAUGGAGGAGAGAUUCAACUUGUGCCGGGGCUCCUUGGAGGAGACGCGCGGCUUGUGCAGGAGACUCCUCGACGAAAUCUUUGUGCCCCACUUGUCACUCGCGAACGAGGAUUUCCCAGAAAUGGGCAGAGUCCUCCUCGAAGGACUGUGGCCGGUCAAUCCUCACCUGGAUCCUCGGGCGUUCAGUGCCUUCACGCUUCGUCUGGUAACGUCAGCGACGACCAAUAACAAUCACUCUCUUGUCAUAGAUAACACCACUUUGUCACUCUACAGUCGAUUCAUUCUUGGACUUCAACUCUUUGUUCACGAUAAUUUGCUGCCGAGAAGAUGCUGGUGGUCCAUUAUCUUUCGAACAUUUUUCAACGGACAAAUGAGACUGGCCAUUUAUCUCACCGAAAAUUGUCCGUUCCUGGCUUACUGGAGCUUCGGCCGAGAAGAGUCUCGCGUUAACAUAUUCAAGUGUCACCUCGAGUGAAGCGCCUCAAGAGUUCCGGUUCGGCAGAACAAAAGACAGCGCUCAACGUCCACUCUUUACGAUGUUCCAAUAAUCGAGGAAGACGUCGUCGCGCACAAGUUACGGGAAACUUUUCAUUUACGGGAAACAAGGUUUUAGUUUAAUUCUUUCUUCAGAUGCUAUAGCUAUAGAGACGUUAAACUUUAUUACGAGAAACUGGCAUAUAUGUGUGUAUUAUAUGUAUAUGCACAUACGAGUGGACCGUCUGCUGCGCCACAUGCUGCCCCACCCUUGAACAAUAGGUAUAAUAAAUUCGUAUGUGGCGCGUGCAGAGUCAAUCUCUCUCGAGCCGAUCGAGCCGAUCGAGCCGAUCGAGCCUCGCAGCAAAUCUGCGUGCAAAAUGAGCGACGAAGAAAGACAAGGACGCAUCGAAAUUAACGGAAGCGCGCGCAGAAUGUUUUCAUAGUGACAUAGUGUUUCUUUGCAUUGGACUGUGUUCUCGAUUAGAUUAUAAUUUGAUGAAAUUAUUAAGAUCGAUUGAAUUAUCGCUGUAACAGCGUGUGUACAAUGUCUCCGAGCAGAUGAGCGUCCGAACAAGGUGAAUUUUUAUAACUAUCCGAAAGACGUCGGUUGGCGUGUAGGUUGUCGUUGCCCCUUAACCCUAGAAACUGCAUUAUUCUCUGACGAGGAAAGAAAAGAAGGACUGGAGACCGCUUAUCGAAAACCUCUAAUUUACGAUCGUCGUGGCUAUUUUUUCAGAAUCAAUUUGCAAAUUUAAUAAUUACUAAUAGUUGGCAUGUCACGCUUGUCCUGUCAAUUGGAUCGACACUGAUCGACACUGAUCGACACUGAUCGACACUGACUGAGACGUUGGAAAAAUAGGAUACACGCCUUUAGCGAUAUCUACAACGCUCAGUCAGCUUUCACAGACGGGAUGAUACAAUAAAACGCUUUUGUUAUUUUUUUCGUUUC